UGCUACUCUGAGUGCCUGACUGCUUCACCCUGAAGGAUGGCUGCGGACGGGCGGUAGAGUUGUAGAAGUCCUGGGCUCCGUCUGUCCAUCUCUUUUGACACUUCUACAGCUCCCCAUCCCCUCCCCCCUUGCCCCAGCCACCAGCCCCUAGUGCCAGCUUCCCACGGGGCUUAGAGCCGGCAUGAACUCUCCUAAUGAGUCUGAUCCAUUCUCAGUGUGAAAAAGGGCUAGGCGGGCUGAUUGCUACUUUUGAGUUGGGCUGGCAGGAUCUGGAGCUUCCUGACUUCUGCCUGAAUGUGUCCAGGCUGGAUGUGGUGUGGGUGCAGGAGGACCAAGGGAGCUUUGGGGCAGUGAGGGCCUUAGUUUGGCCCAUCUUCUAGCCCACUGCUUCCCCCUACCCACAACUUUGGCAUGCUGCUGGUGCCCAAGGCCCAGGGACUGGUCAAGAUGCUGCAGACCAUAUAUGAAACGGAAUCCUGUUUCUCUUCAGAUGGGAUGUCGGGCCGGGAACAAUCUUUGGAAAUCCUGUCACGGACUCCUCUUCACAGCAUCCCUGUUGCAGUGGAGGUGAAGCCGGUGCUGUGUGGGGCUAUGCCAGGCUCUGUUGGGGGUGGCAGGGGUGGAGGCAGCCCCGGUCCGGCCGAGCUCCGGGGAGUGGGCCCUGCUGCCAUUGACCCUGUGCUGCGAGAGCAGCAGCUGCAGCAAGAGCUCCUGGCCCUCAAGCAGCAGCAGCAGCUCCAAAAGCAACUGCUCUUCGCUGAGUUCCAGAAACAGCAUGACCACCUGACUCGGCAGCAUGAGGUCCAGCUGCAGAAGCACCUUAAGCAACAGCAGGAGAUGCUGGCUGCUAAGAGGCAGCAGGAGCUGGAGCAGCAGCGGAAGCGGGAGCAGCAGCGGCAAGAGGAGCUGGAGAAGCAGCGGCUUGAACAGCAGCUCCUCAUACUACGAAACAAAGAGAAAAGCAAAGAGAGUGCCAUUGCCAGCACUGAGGUAAAACUGAAGCUCCAAGAGUUUCUCUUGAGCAAAUCGAAGGAGCCAACACCAGGCGGUCUCAACCAUUCCCUCCCACAGCACCCUAAAUGCUGGGGAGCCCAUCAUGCUUCAUUGGACCAGAGUUCCCCUCCCCAGAGUGGUCCCCCUGGGACACCCCCCUCCUACAAGCUUCCUCUGCUUGGGCCCUAUGAUAGCCGGGAUGACUUCCCACUUCGGAAAACAGCCUCAGAACCCAAUUUGAAGGUGCGUUCCAGGCUAAAGCAGAAGGUGGCUGAGCGGAGGAGUAGUCCUCUCUUGCGCAGAAAGGAUGGAACAGUCAUCAGCACUUUUAAGAAGAGAGCUAUUGAAAUCACAGUGUCAUCUGUGUGUAACAGUGCGCCAGGCUCUGGCCCCAGUUCCCCCAACAGCUCCAACAGCACCAUUGCUGAGAAUGGCUUCACCGGCUCCGUCCCCAAUAUCCCCACUGAGAUGCUCCCCCAGCACCGUACCCUUACUUUGGACAGCUCCCCAAACCAGUUCAGUCUCUACACAUCCCCCUCCCUGCCCAACAUUUCCUUAGGACUACAGGCCACAGUCACAGUCACCAAUUCUCACCUCACUGCCCCCCAGAAGCUGUCAACGCAGCAGGAGGCAGAGAGACAGGCCAUCCAGUCCCUCCGGCAGGGAGGGGCACUGACGGGCAAGUUCAUGAGUACGUCCUCGAUCCCAGGUUGUCUGCUGGGCGUGGCACUCGAGGGCGAUGUCAACCCCCACGGGCACGCCUCUCUGCUGCAGCACGUGCUGCUCCUGGAGCAGGCCCGGCAGCAGAGCACCCUCAUAGCUGUGCCACUCCAUGGCCAAUCUCCAUUGGUGACUGGUGAGCGCAUUGCUGCCAACAUGCGAACAGUGGGCAAACUGCCCCGGCACCGCCCGCUAAGCCGAACGCAGUCAUCCCCGCUGCCACAGAGCCCCCAGGCCCUGCAGCAGCUUGUGAUGCAGCAGCAGCACCAGCAGUUUCUGGAAAAGCAGAAACAACAGCAGCUGCAGCUUGGCAAGAUCCUUACCAAGACAGGAGAGUUACCCCGGCAGCCCACCACACAUCCUGAGGAGACAGAGGAAGAGCUAACGGAGCAUCAGGAAGGACUGAUAGGGGAGGGACCUCUUCCUGGGCCUGGGGAGGGCUCCACAGAAAGUGAGAGCCCACAGGAGGAUCUGGAGGAGGAAGACGAAGAGGAUGAGGAAGACGAGGACUGCAUUCAGGUCAAGGAUGAGGGCAGUGAAAUUGGCCUGGAUGAGAGUCCCCUGUUAGAAGAGUCCAGUGGGGACUACAAACAGGUGUUCUCAGAUGCUCAGCAGCUACAGUCCCUUCAAGUCUACCAGGCCCCUCUCAGCCUGGCAUCUGUGCCCCAUCAGGCUCUGGGCCGAACACAGUCCUCACCUGCUGCCCCUCUAGGCAUGAAGAGUGCCCCUGAACUGCCCACCAAACACCUCUUUACUACAGGAGUAGUUUAUGACACAUUCAUGCUGAAGCACCAGUGCAUGUGUGGGAAUACCCACAUCCACCCUGAGCAUGCAGGCCGGAUCCAGAGCAUUUGGUCUAGGCUGCAAGAGACGGGUCUACUCAGCAAGUGUGAGCGGAUUCGGGGGCGUAAGGCUACGCUGGAUGAGAUCCAGACAGUACACUCAGAGCACCAUGCCCUGCUCUAUGGGACCAGCCCCCUCAAUCGGCAGAAGCUUGAUAGCAAGAAGCUGCUAGGUCCAAUCAGCCAGAAGAUGUAUGCAGUGCUGCCCUGUGGGGGCAUUGGGGUGGACAGUGACACAGUGUGGAAUGAGAUGCAUUCUUCUAGUGCCGUGCGCAUGGCUGUAGGCUGCCUGGUGGAGCUGGCCUUCAAGGUAGCUUCAGGGGAGCUCAAGAAUGGAUUUGCCAUUAUCCGGCCUCCUGGACAUCAUGCUGAGGAAUCCACAGCCAUGGGAUUUUGCUUCUUCAACUCCGUGGCCAUCACAGCCAAACUCCUACAACAGAAGCUGAAUGUGGGCAAGGUCCUCAUUGUGGACUGGGAUAUUCACCAUGGCAAUGGUACCCAGCAGGCCUUUUACAGUGAUCCCUCUGUACUUUAUAUCUCCCUGCAUCGUUAUGACAAUGGGAACUUUUUCCCAGGCAGUGGUGCCCCAGAGGAGGUUGGUGGAGGACCAGGUGUGGGGUACAAUGUGAAUGUGGCAUGGACAGGAGGUGUGGACCCCCCUAUCGGAGACGUGGAAUACUUGACAGCCUUCAGGACGGUGGUGAUGCCCAUUGCUCAGGAGUUCUGUCCAGAUGUGGUUCUGGUAUCCGCUGGCUUUGAUGCUGUUGAGGGGCAUCUCUCUCCACUGGGUGGCUACUCUGUCACUGCCAGAUGCUUUGGCCACUUGACCAGGCAGCUGAUGAAGCUGGCUGGGGGCCGGGUAGUUCUGGCUCUUGAGGGUGGCCAUGAUCUCACCGCUAUCUGUGACGCCUCUGAGGCCUGUGUUUCUGCCUUGCUCAGCGUGGAGCUUGAGCCCUUGGAUGAGACUGUCUUACAACAAAAACCCAACAUUAAUGCAGUGGCCACGCUGGAGAAGGUUAUUGAGAUCCAGAGUAAACACUGGAGCUGUGUGCAGCGGAACUCGACCAGCGUGGGGCGCUCUCUGCAGGAAGCACAGGCAGGCGAUGUGGAAGAGGCUGAGACCCUGAGCGCCAUGGCAUUGCUCUCAGUGGGGGCAGAGCAGGCUGGCCCCAGCCAUACCCCAAGGCCGCUGGAGGAGCCCAUGGAGCAGGAACCUGCCGUGUGAUGCCCAGGUCCCCGGGCUUCAUCAUUGUGAUUUUGUUUAUUUUUUCUAUUAAAAACAAAAAGUCACACAUCUAA